GCCCCGGAAGUAGUUAGCAAUCAGCUACAGUUAGCAGUGUGAUUUAUGCUGUGAUUAAAGGACAUUAAAAAGCAAAAUGUCAGAGCAAACGAUAACAGUGACAGUUGCAUACGGAUCCACUAAGCACAGCAUCACAUUAACCAGCCAGGAUGAUGGCAAGGGCCCUACUGUCAAAGACCUGUCGGAUGCUCUCACUCAAGCCACCGGGGUUCCACAAAACUCACAGAAAAUCAUCUUUAAAGGAAAAUCACUGAAGGAGAUGGAGGAGAGUCUGUCCAGCUAUGGACUAAAAGAAGGCUGCAAACUCAUGAUGAUUGGAAAGCGGAACAGUCCUGAGGAAGAAGCCGAGCUGAAGAAGCUGAAAGAUAUCGAGAAGUCUGUGGAGCAGACGGCUAAAAAACUGGAGAAGGUUGACGGGGAGCUGACUGGACUCAAGAAUGGCUUCCUAGCCAAAGACCUCCAGGCGGAGGCGUUGGGUAAACUAGACCACAGAGUGAAAAUAGCAGCCGAACAGUUCAUGAAGAUCCUGGAGCAGAUCGAUGCUUUGAGUCUUCCUGAUAAUUUCAAUGACUGCCGAAUCAAGAAAAAGGGACUUGUUAAGACAGUACAGGAUUUCCUGGCCCAGUGUGACAAGAUCGAGGCGUGUAUAUCAGACCACCUAUCAAAGAUCCAGUCGAAAAAUCUUGCCCUGGCGGAGUAGAGCUACAGUCUCCCAUAUCAUGUCCUAUACAUUGCUCUGUGAGCAACUGCAAAGUGUACAGAAAACUUCAGGUGUGGGGCAGCUCCUUGUCUAUUUAUUGUUGGUGUGAUGUGUAUGAGAGAGCCCUCAUCACAGAGAACCCUGUGAACAGAAGGAGGCUGGUUAUCGGCACUGAUGCUGGGGACAUCUGUGCUACGUUCUCUGGGUUUAAGACAGAUGUGAAGUGCUCCUCAAUGUAACCACAGUCACACUGUGAAAGGAUCAGAGGUGCUUUGAAUUGUGGUAAAUUAUGUAGAUCCCCUUACAGCAUCCAAACAUGGCCAAAUGUGUAUCAAGUUAAUGUUCAUCACCCAGUAUCUCAGAAAAUUUGUUUUGUUUUUCUUGCUCCUUGUGAUGUACCAACUGUGGAGUGUUCCAUAUGUACACACAUGGUCAAAAGUAUGUGGACACCCAAACAUUACCAAGUAUUAGAUUCUCAUCAACUCUCCUGGGAAGGCUUUUCUUUUUGGAACCUGGCUCCAGGGAUCGUCAGUGAGGUCAGGCCCAUAAGUUCACAGCUGGAGUUCCAAUUCAUCCCAAAGGUGCUGGAUGUUAUGUUAUGGCUCUGUGCCAUGAACCGCCAUUUGUGCACAGGGGUCAUUUUCAUGUUGUAAGAGGAAAAUGUCCUCAGAAAAUCAGCUGUUGCCACAAUGUCACCAUGUCAAUGUGAUGGCAUCAGGAAAAUGUUAUGUUACUUUUCUUAUAAAGUUAAAUGGGUUUUUUUUUUUUUUUAAUGGUUUCAACCCUAGGCCAUGACAUUAAAAAUGACCCUAAGAAUUACAAUACAGUCCACAUACUUUUGGCCAUAUAGUGUAUAUUCAUUAUUCCACAUUGAGAGUCAGCACCUUUUGUUAAAUCCAGUGACUGAUCCUGUGUAAUUGUGUAGCUUUAAAACUAGUGUGAACUGUGGAAUUGGUAUUGCUUUAAAACCUCACUAAGACCAACACAUCAAACCAAUUUUGCUUUGUUUUAAAAUAAAACCUGAAAAAUGAA